AUGGCCAUUGCACUCGGCUCCUGCUUUUGCAUGUUUCUCAUCACGCCGAGUCUGGUUGAUGUGUGGGAGGUGCAUUGGCGACCCGAUGACCAGAAUGAUUGCAAAAAUAGUCAACGCUUUCUGCUGUCAUCCUGUUGCGUCGUAGCCGCCGGAGCAUUCUUCCGAUCACAGCGAAUAUGUGCUUACCUCAUCGAUGAGCAGGCCUUGGUGUGUCUACAGUGUAUCAUCUGCGCACUCGUCGGACGGACAAACAGGAUCCAUCACCACGGCUUCGUUAUUGCAGCCUCUUGCUUGCUGACGAUCAUUAUCCAAGGAACGGUAUUCUAUGCUUCAAUCGAAGCCCGCGUAAGCGAUUCGUCGCUCAGUCGUAUGGACCUUGGCAUGUCACUGGUGCAAGGUACAUCGUCACUAUACAUUGGCUUGGCAUGUACUUGUCUUCCUCAGGGAGCGCAGAGGCUCAGUGAGGGGCGGGAAGUCGAACCCGAAGCCGUGGGGACGCUCUUGCAGAAAUUGACCUUUGCCUGGGUCGAGCCUCUGCUCAAAUGUUCCGGGAAUGACGUACGACUUGAAGUGUCAGACCUACACGCCUUGGAGUGUGGUACAGCUGUGUCACUCCUGCAACUUCACCUCGAAACGAUCAGGUCUUUCGCUCGGGAGCCCCUUUGGAAGUCUCUUUUCAGAUCCCACCGACCUUUGUUCUUCUUACAAUGGGUGCUCACCGCUGCCAUGAGUGUUCUUUCUUUUUUGCCUCAGAUCUGCAUCUAUAACCUACUUCGACUGCUGGAACAGGGGGGAUCAGUCGGUGCUAAUAAGGACCUCUUGUGGAUCUGGGCCAUUUCGCUCGGAAUAUGCUCUUUGAGCGUUCAAGUUUUGGGUCCACAAAUGAUGUACCUCACCUUUGCGAAGAUCGAGAUCUAUGUUCGGGCUCAGCUGUCGGCGCUGAUUUUCGAGAAAGCCUUGAGGCUAGACGAUGAGAAGGGCGCUGCGGAGAAUACUUCUCCUUCGCUCGGCGAUGCUCCCGUCUUGACAUCGCUGGACGACAGUGGAGAUGAAGAUGAAGACGGAGUAUCCAAGACUGCUCAGCAGGUUCUCAAUCUCGUUGCAGUGGAUACUAUGCGCGUUGCUGAGAUUGCUUCUCGUCAACAUGUGUUCCUCGGGAGCUUUCUCACAUUUGUCCUGGCUUUAGUGUUCCUGGUACGCUUAGUCGGCUGGGUCAGCUUUGCACUCGGCCUGCUUGGACCUCUUGUGAUCAUCCCUUUGAACAUGAAGGCAUCCCAAGCAUAUGGCAGAGCGCAAGGGGGGCUUAUGCGGAGCCGGGACGUAAAGCUUCGCACCCUGAGUGAAAUCCUGCAUGGCAUUAAGCAGAUCAAAUUCACGGCCACCGAGACGCGAUGGGAGACCAAGAUGACGGGCCUUCGCGACAUAGAGUUGAAAGAGCAACGCAAGACUUUCGUCUGGGCAACGGUGUUGAGGUUCCUCUUUCAGUCUAGCCCAAUCGUUUUGGCAAUGAUCACGCUAUCAGUGUAUGCGCUGCUCAACGGUUCGCUAUCAGCAUCGGUCGCAUUCACGGCGCUAGGAAUCUUUGGUAAUUUGGAGUUCAGCAUAAGCGUACUCCCGAUGGCGGUCAUGCAGGUGUCCGCUGGUCUUGUCAGCGGUGAGCGGAUUGGCACAUUCCUUGAGAUGCCAGAGAAGAAGCCGAGCACAGUCCCGGGUGACUGCAUACGUUUUCAACAAGCCACAAUCAAGUGGCCAGGUGGAGGACAUUCUUCAUUCCGGCUGCGGGAAAUCGACGCAACAUUUCCACGUCAUGCCCUCAGCCUGGUUUGUGGUCAAAGCGGAAGCGGCAAGAGUCUACUGCUCGCUGCUCUUAUCGGGGAAGCUGAAGUGAAGCGAGGUAGCAUCACUAUGCCGCAGCUUGAAACGAGAACAGACAAUGCGUCAAUGGCAGCCAACCCAGAACAUUGGAUCCAAGAAGGUUCUGUGGCAUAUGUGUCUCAAAUACCGUGGAUCGAGAAUGCAAAUAUUCAAAGCAACAUACUUUUCGGCUUACCACUGGACGUGAACAGGUACCGAGCGGUUCUGCAAGGUGCAGCACUGCUCCCUGAUUUGCAAAAUCUUCCCGACGGCGACCUGACGGAGAUCGGAGCCCAAGGCUUGAACCUCAGCGGAGGGCAACGCUGGCGUCUGACCUUCGCUCGAGCGCUGUAUUCUCGAGCGGAAAUAUUGGUGCUCGACGACAUCUUCAGCGCCGUGGAUGCUCAUGUUGGUGCUCAAUUGUUGGAGACUCUCAUGGGCGAGCUUUGUCUGGCCCGAACGAGGAUCCUGGCCACGCAUCAUGCCGCCCAGUGUCUAGACAAAGCAUCCUGUGCCAUAUUUCUCAACCCGGACGGAUCCGUCGAUCGUCUCGCCGAGCAAACGAUGGAACCCACGAAGUACGUACCUCGUACAAAGCCGCAAAUGAAAGAAGAGGUCAGUCCAGUCUGGGGCGAGACCUCGGACGGAGCAUCAAAACGUCCAGUCCUGAAGUUCGUGCAAGACGAGGCUCGAGAAGAAGGCGCGGUUAAGUGGAGGACGUACUACGCAUACAUCAAGGCAUCCGGCGGCGUGGCUGCUUGGGUACUGGCAACAUUGCUAGUAGCAUUGUCUCAGUUCACCCUACUCAGUCGUGUGUGGUGGAUCAAGCAGUGGACCUCCUCUCAACCCCCAGUUGGCCCAUCUGUUGCUUCUUCCUCAGAGCAAUUGAAAGCCCGACCCCACGGCACGGCUUUCUAUCUUGCCAUGUACGUGGGCAUCUCGCUAUGUGCUGCUCUGAUGGAGGCCGGGAAGUGCGCCUACGUUUAUACCUCGACUCUUCGGGGCUCUCGGACGCUCUUCCGCAAAAUGCUUCACACGGUGCUCCGUGCAAAGCUCAGAUGGCUGGAUACCACACCUUCGGGUCGCAUCGUGAAUCGCUUCACCGCGGACUUUGCGCUGAUCGACACAAAGCUUCCCGGCGAUACCCACACACUGCUGUCGGCGACUUUUGCUCUUACUGUGGUAUCUACUGCAUGUCUGGCGGUCUCAGCUUAUGUUUCGAUUUGCGUGGUAAUGAUAUCGCUGCUCAGUUUGUACUGGACGAGAAGAUAUCUGCCUGCUGCAAGGGAAAUUCGACAGCUUGAAGCUAUAGCUAAGUCUCCCAUGCUGGAGCUUUGCGAGACGAGCCUGAUAGGACUGGGUGUGAUACGGGCGUUCGGUGCUCCCAAGCGAUAUUUACGGCAAAUGUGCCGCCUGGUCGACGACUACAGCAGUAUCGGACAAUCAGCGCAUCUCCUCGGCCAAUGGCUCUCGCUACGCAUAGGCGUUCUGGGCGCUCUGUAUACCUUGGUCGUUGCAUUGGUCGUUGCCGCAGUGCCUGACAUCGAAGUGUCGUUGGCGGGCCUGGCAUUAGUCUUCGUCGGCGAGUUCGGGAAGAGCACGGAAGAAGCGGUUCGUCGGUACUCCAUGCUACAUCUGGAUAUGAGCUCAACCGAACGCAUUCUAGAGUAUGCCGACAUGGACUCUGAGCAAGAUACCGCCACUGUACACCUGCCAUCCUGCUGGCCUUCUCACGGACAGAUAUCUUUCCAGGGCGUCUCUGCUUCGUACGCUUUCGGUUUGCCUCCGGUCCUCCGGGGUCUGACCUUUCACGUCGACCCCCAACAACGCAUCGGCAUAGCUGGCCGCACCGGUGCAGGGAAGUCGUCCCUGGCUCUUGCGCUGUUCCGCUUCAUGGAGCUUUCAAGUGGUACCAUCUCCGUCGACGGCAUUGACGUUUCGCGGAUCAGUCUGCAUGAUCUCCGCUCAAGCAUGUUCAUUGUUCCUCAGGAUCCGGUGCUUUUUGUCGGAAAUAUCCGCAGCAACCUAGAUCCCCUGGGUGAUCACACGGACGACGAGCUGCUGGAAAGUCUAAGGAAAGUCUUUCUCGCCUCAUCGUCUGAUACGAGGGACGGUCACCACAUCAACAUCUUCAACAACCUGGACUCGCAACUGUCGGAGAGAGGAUUGAACAUCUCUCAAGGUCAGCGUCAACUCCUUUGCCUUGCGCGAGCGACGCUGAUGCAACCGAGGAUCAUGGUCCUCGACGAGGCCACCAGUGCCGUUGACCACGACACUGAUCGACGCAUCCAGAUGAGCAUUCGUGCUUCGUUUCCGGACACCACGCUUCUUGUAAUAGCGCAUCGCCUCAGCACAGUGGUCGACUUUGACCGCAUACUGGUCAUGGAAGACGGUCAAAUUGUCGAACAUGGAGAGCCGAAAGCGCUCUAUCGCGCUGGAGGCUUGUUUCGCGGCCUUGUUGACAGCAGUAGUGACGCCGAACGAGUUCGGGACAUUCUUUCGGACAACUGA